AGGGAAGUGAGAGGCUCGGACAGAAACCCUCCAGCAGAAAGAAAGAAAGACACUUGUUUAUUGGGGGAAAUGCUCGAUCUGCAAGAGGGUGAAAGCGAGAGGGAGAGCGAACCAGCGAGAAUCCGAACUUAGAAAGGGGUGAAAGAGCGAGGAAAAGAAUUCGGAUUUAGAAGGAGGGAGAAAGCGAGAGAGAACAUUCCGACCUGAGCAGAAGAGAGCGAAAGGGGAGAGAAGAAAGAAUUCUAGUUCGGAAGAGAGCGGAAGGCAGAUUCCAGCGCAUCAUCUGCAGCGAUGCCUCCCAGGACUGUCUCGGUCUUGGAGCUGAUGUCUUGGACGCUCGCCCUCCUGGGCCCGGCCGGCUCAGAGCCCCUCGGCCUGUUGCAGGAGCCAGCUGAGGGCCAGCCCCGGCCCGCCUCCGUCCGCCUCCGUCCCCUGCCCCCAGCGCUCCGCUACCCGGUGUAUAUGCUGCAGCUCUAUAGGGCUCUCAUCGUGGGCAAACCCCUGGGGCACCCGUCCGCGGAAGCCUCGGCCUGGCGAGAAUCCGACACCAUCCUCAGCCUCGCGGCUCGAGAUCAUUUCCAGUUCAGGGACCAAUGGGACUUCUCUUUUGACCUGACCUCCAUCUCCAGCAGCUCUGAUGUGAGGCUGGCAGAACUCCGGGUUCGCCUGAUGUCCUUCUCCCAGUUGAGGAAUGUCACUAUGAACAUCUACCACAGCCACGAUCGCACGUGUCAUGGGAACCAGACCUGCACAGACAAGUUCUUCCUCGGCUCUUUUGUUAGCACCAACUCUUCCUCAAGCCAUUCCUCCUGGAAAGUCUUCAACAUCACCCGCAUGCUGCGCUUCUGGGUCCACCAGGGGGUGUCAUUUGGCAAGGAUGCUCCAGAUGACCAGCAGCAGGUCUGGGAAGAGGAAAACCUAUCUGAAAAUAAUGGUGGGAGAGCAGUCAGUGGGUUCCAGAGCAAAUGUGGGCACAAUGAAUCCAGACAGGCCCACGUCUUGACCAGUAGCAUGACUGAUAGAGUCCUACUGGUUGUCUUUUCCAAAGAUAAGGAACUGGUGGAGCCCUCUCAGGGCCCAAGUCUCAUCAGGACAGUGGAAAUGUCCAAGCACAUCAUGUUGGACAACACAUCCAAGGAGGCUGGGGGCCGUCGGCACCGGCGGAACAGGAAGCAAAAGCAACGGAUUAAAUUGAGUAACAUAUCCACCCCCAGCUUUGGGAAAGAUGGUAGAUCUCUAUGCAGGAGGGUAGAUAUGAUUGUGGAUUUUGAGCAGACUGGUUUUGGAAGCUGGAUUGUGCACCCCAAGAAGUACAAUGCAUACCGCUGUGAGGGGGAGUGCCCAUCACCUGUCGAUGAGACCUUCAAGCCAACAAAUCAUGCAUAUAUUCAGAGCUUGUUGAAGUUAUACCAACCCAACCGGGUGCCUUGCCCAUCUUGUGCCCCAGUCAAAAUGAGCCCGCUGUCCAUGCUAUACUAUGAGAAAGGAAAAGUGAAGGUCCGUCACCAUGAGGACAUGAUCAUUGAGGAAUGCGGCUGCAACUGAAGCUGAUGCGUCUUGGCUACUUGAUUGAUGGGGUCUCCAGAGACCAGCUCUCCCAAACUCAACGUACCUUCACUUCUUGAAGCAGAGACCCAGGAAGUAUCAUUCUUAAAUAGAAGCAGAAAGUGUACUCUUCGCCACAUGGAGAUCAAGCUGUUUCUCUAGGGUCUUGUCCAUGUAAUCCUCAUCAGAACGGAAGACAGAGUAGGCAGAGGAUUAGGGUAGGGGUCACACCUUUCUUAUGGAACUUAGAGUCCCAAGAGGGUUCUCAUAGAAAUAACCACAGCAAAGCUGGUUCCAGGUUUGGCAAAAUAACCUUCUGAGCCCCCUCCUAUGUCAACAGGCCUGUCUGGUGGGCUUAUCUGAUGGUGGCGUCAUUAGAAGACUGCAGUAGCAGUGCUUUGAUGCAGCCACCCUUUUAAUUUCCCACAAUGCCGUGAAGUAGUGCUAGUCCAGGGCAUUGUGGAAAAUUAAAAUGGCAGCCUCAAGAGCCAGCUGCCCAUUGCAAAAGUGUGUUUAAAGGGCCCCCAAAGCAGGCAACAACUGGGUCCCUGCUGGCUCAAGCAUCUAUAGCUCUGUCCAAAAGUCCCACCGGUGAGAGCUAUAGAUAAACCUAUAUUUUGUAUAUA